GAUUUUUCUUGUUUAGCAAAGUCGCAGUGGUCACAACCGCACUCAAGGUCCGCACCUCACCAUUCCAGACAUCUCAGAAAGCCAUUCACCCCCGUCACAUGAUAGAGGUCUCACUAACACAGGGGAGCCUCAAUGGCCCCAAUACUCGGAAGUGACGCUUGUAGGUGUAGGUUUGGUUGGUGCGCAGUAAUCGCAUAGGAGAGGAGACAGUGAAGAAGAAUAUCAAAAAUCACAAAGGAGAAUUUCCAAUAAAGAUAAGGACCGUGUUCGGUAAGAAAGGGCAGAAAAACGUACAGAAAGAUCUGCAGCAUGAACCCUGUUUAUAGCCCUGCACCAUCAGGGGUCCCUUAUGCAAACCCAAAGGGAAUAGCCUACCCUGGUUUUCCUGUUGGCUAUGCAGCUGCUGCACCUGCGUACUCACCCAACAUGUACCCCGGGGCCAACACUGCCUUCCCCACAGGUUAUACCCCAGGCACACCAUACAAAAUGUCAUGCUCCCCGACCACUGGCACUGUCCCACCUUACUCCUCAUCACCCAACCCAUACCCGACAGCUGUGUACCCUGUGAGAAGCUCCUACCCCCAGCAGAACCCCUACGCCCAGCAGCAAGGCACUUACUACACACAGCCACUAUACGCUGCGCCUCCACAUGUCAUCCAUCACACCACAGUGGUCCAGCCCAACGGGAUGCCAGCUGCCAUGUACGCGCCCCCGAUGCCCCCUCCCCGUGGCAACGGCGUCGCCAUGGGAAUGGUAGCAGGGACCACUAUGGCAAUGUCAGCAGGGACUUUGUUGACGACCCACUCUCCGACCCCAGUAGCGCCCCACCCAGUCACGAUGCCCACAUACCGGCCACCUGGCACGCCGGCCUAUAGCUACGUGCCCCCGCAGUGGUGAACAGCUGGCAGUGUUGAAGAUGGUAGAUAUGCAUUCAUUUUCAGUCCAGUAUUGUAAGAUUGGUGCUGAAGCCCUGAUGUCUCCAACCAGGAUUUCAUUCUUCCAAAAAUAAAAAGUUUCUGAAUCAGUCAUGGGGAAAAAAAAAA